CAGAGAGAAUGGUGAAGCAAAAGAGAGAAACAGAAAAGAGUGGAUGGAGAGAGAGGACUUGGAAGAAAAAGAAAGAGAAAGAGAACAACAGGUUUUGAGUAACAUAGAGAUUUAUAUUCACAGGUUUAAGAGGGUCUAGAGAGGAUGAAUGGUAAGACAGAUGAGGAGAGAGAGAGAGAGAGAAUGGUCAAGCAAGGGAGAGAAAGAAAGCAGUGGAUGGAGAGAAAGAGUGGGAGAGACACACAGAAUGACAAAGGAUUUGAGUGACAGAAAAUAAGAGGGUCGAGAGAGGCUGGAUGGAAGACAGAGAUACCAAGAGAAAGAGAGAGUGAGAAUGAUUAAGUAAGGGAUUGAGAAAAGAGGAGUGGGAGAAAAGGAGAGAUGUUUUGAGUGACACAGAGAUUUAUGUGUACAAAAUAAAAAUGGCACAGGCUGGAUGGAAGACAUACAUCGGGAGAGAGAGAAAGAGAAAGAGAGGUUUGCAUGACAGAGUUUUAUAUGCAUGGAAUAAGAGGGUCGAGAGAGGCAGGACAGAAGAGAGAUAUGUUGAAAGUGAGAGAGAGAGAGAGAGAGAGAGAGAGAGAGAUAGUGCAAGCAAGAGAGGGAGAGAGGAUGGUUGAGCAAGGAGAGAGAGAAAGGAGUGGAUGGAGAGAGAGAGGGAAAGAGGGAGGCAGAAAGGAGGACAGUUAAGGAAUGAUGUGGAGGUGUAAGCUCAAUAGCAGACGACGAGAGAAUUAGCACACAUACACACACACACGCUGCUCCACACAUACACACACACAUACACACACACACGCCAGACACAGUCGAUGGAUAAGAGGUGAAUCUUAGGUGGUUCCUGGAAGACGGGUGGGUUUCAUAGAACACACACACACAAACACACACACACACACACACACACACAUACACACGCACCCACACACAGGUUCCUGUGUAUUCGGUAGGCAUGGGGCUCGUCAUGGGGACUUUCUCGAUGCAGAGCAAACAGGUGGAUUAUCGCAAAGAUAAGGUGGAUGAUGAUUUGGAGAUGACGAUGGUGUGUCAUCGUCCGGAGGGGCUGGAUCAGCUGGAAGCUCAAACCAACUUCAGCAAGAGAGAAUUACAAGUGCUCUACAGGGGCUUUAAAAAUGAAUGUCCUAGUGGUGUAGUCAAUGAAGAGACAUUUAAACAGAUUUACUCACAGUUCUUUCCUCACGGAGAUGCCAGUACAUAUGCUCACUAUCUUUUCAACGCCUUUGACUCAGCCCACACUGGCUCCAUCAAGUUUGAGGACUUUGUGACAGCUCUGUCCAUCUUGUUAAGAGGUUCUACAAGGGAGAAACUGCAGUGGACGUUCAACCUGUAUGACAUCAACAGAGAUGGCUACAUUAAUAAGGAGGAGAUGACAGACAUUGUAAGAGCGAUCUAUGAUAUGAUGGGAAAGUACACAUAUCCUGCUCUGAAGACAGAUGCACCCAAACAGCACGUGGAUGCUUUCUUUCAGAAAAUGGACAAAAACAGAGAUGGCGUUGUCACACUUGAUGAAUUCAUUCUGUCCUGUCAAGAGGAUGAAAACAUCAUGAGAUCUUUGCAGCUCUUUGAGAAUGUGAUAUAAAAGGAACGCAGGAUGGAGGGAGUAAAAUGAGCAGAGGGAGACUGAAAUAAAGGAAAAAUAAAGAAGACUCGUGGACUUUUUGCAAACUCUUUUACAGAAGGAGGCAAAGAAGAGGCUACGCUGUCUCAUUCUGUUCAUAUCACCAUGGUAACCUGUAGCACCUGUUUCGGUAGCCUAGCUGGACAUCAGUGCUACACUGCUAUGUAUGUAGCCAUGGCACGUUACCAUGGUAAUAUUGAUAUUGUUGGGUUGUUAUCCAGGAAACCUGACCUUCUGAAACCUGUCACUAGACCAUUCGGCCAUGUUCCUGUUUCUCUUCAUAGUAAACAUGCUUAAUGUUAAAACUGACCAGUUAGCGGUUAAGAAUAAGGUGCUUCACUCAUUCACAUGUGAGGCUUAUUAUGUGGUCUCAAAUAGGGUUUAGAGCACAGUUUCUGAAGAUUUAGAGCAUAAGUUUAUAGGACACGUUUCUGACAUUUAGAAAAUAUUUUAGAGAUAGGCUUGGAAGAAACAUUUCUGAGGUCCAAGAACCUGUAGAACUAAUGAUCUUAUCAUUUUGAGAUGCACUGUAAAGUGGCCUAUUUACUAGAAAGGGCAAAGUUUGUUUUAGGUGAUCAAGACGGAGAUAAAUAACAAGGUGAAACUUGUGGUUGGUCAGAUGAGCUGGUUAGUACAGGACAAAUGCCUAACAUAGAACCUGUAUAUCACUCAAACAACUGAUACUCCAACCACAGUGUAACCUCUUCUUCUUUUUGCUAGAAGCACAAACCCCAAGUUUUCUUUCGUCCAGACCAACUUUAGUUUGACUUGAAACCGUAAAUAGGUCUUAAGAACAAAUCUCCAGUGCUGCUCCCAUGGCGAGCCCCAUGCCUCAAAGCCCUUCUAUAUUAGACACUUAAAAGGACAGGAGAUGUUAAAGUCAUUUGGAAAGACUUGGUAAGUACAACAAAAGAAAGUUUAAACAUGAACGUCACACUGGCCUGAUGGCCAAACCUUAACGUUUUCUUCCAUUUGGUCUAAAGAAAGACCUACAUUUGCUUGACAGGUGAUGGUGUUGCAGCUAAUAAAACGUUUGAAUGGAACCCUUCAGUGAAGGAAGGAAGCAUGUUAGUGUAUGAACAAAUAAAGUUAAUAUUUAGCCUGAUGUUUAGCAUAAAGCUUAAUAUCAUGUUUGGUAGCUUUAGCUUGAGAAAGAGAGUUAUAUUUUAUAUAAUCUUAUGGGAUCUUAUGAAAAUAUUCUGAGGUAAAUUAUGGGCUCCUGCUGCUUAAAAAUUAGCAUUGCUGGUCUUGAGGUACUUUGGAAUUUACCUUAAAAUGAAAAGAUAUGAAUAGAUAAGCUAUCUGUAUAUGUGGCCAUUGUUCAGCUAUUUUCUGUGUACUGAAUAGGUGAUAUUAGCUUGGAACAAACAUAACUCUAGACGUCUGUCUGUAAGGUUCAGUCGGUCUGUUUCUGAGUAUUGCUCCCUAUUCUACACCGUCUCACAAUACUGUCAAGUCCCUGGUAGUGUGUUGAACUGUAUUAUUCGUGGAAAAUCAGAUUUCUGCGACGUUUCUGUGUGCCGCUUGCUUGAAAUGUUGAGUCUGGUCUGUGUGUGUUUCUGUCAUCUGUGUGUAUUUGUGCUACAGUAUUGUUACGUUGUUUAUGUGCUUGUGCUUGUUUAUUGGCCUUAGGUCCAGAUCAGUCUGUCUGUCUGUAUCUCUGUCUGACAUUGUCAGAUAUUUAGGGAAGUCCUGCCUGUGUAAGUCGGAACUCUGUGAUGUCUGACAGAUACAUUUUGCAGUAGGUCAGAAUUUUAAAUCACUGUGUGCUCUUUAUACUAUACAUUACCACAUUACAUCAGUAGUACUCAUUCUAAACCUUGUUUUGUUGGUAUGUUUUAUUGUGUGAAAACUGUGAAUUACCAAAAUCAGUACUGCUUGAUUACUUUAUAGCCAUACCUCCACACACUGUGAUGAGGACCCAGAGAGAGAGAGCGGAGAUAGAGAGAAUUGUUUACAGGCAAAAAAUGCUUUUAAGACUGCAAAAGGAGUAAGUAAGCCAUUAUUUCAGUUUAGAGACUUUGCAGUAACAUUGGACUUCUGUGAACACUGCAGUUAGCUAGUCCCUAAUACAGCUGCAGCUAAUGCCCGUGACCAUGACGACUGUAUGUUCCUCACAUCUUUAUUGUCCUCCUCAAAAUUGUAAUUAAUACUGUUUUAACAUGAUAUUUAUAAUGUAUUGACAGCAUAAUGUAAUUAUAAUGCACUGUACUGAAUGAGCUGUUCAUUAUGGAACAAAAUGGGCUGCAACAUACGUUACAUGUCCAAAAGAAUCCAGACACUCCUUCUACUUAGCUACUUUACAGCUACUUUAAUGUGCACCCAUUGAUUAAUUGCACAAUUGUAGAAUCCCUAUAGAAAAGCAUUACCAGUAGAAAAUGACCUAGAGGGGUAUAAAGUCUCCCAGCUUUGGGUUGUGGAGAAGUGUUUCUAUGUUCACUAGAGUGAAACUUCCCAUUAAUACCCCUGAUUUCAGCAGAAAUGGUGGGAGACCAAGUGUCUACAAGCUUUUGGACAUUAAGUGUAUAUACCACAUGUGGCUAAUACUCAAAACAUCUUAUGGAUACAUAAAUAUAAUUUAUAUUAUUGCUGUUUCUUAAAAAUCUAACUGUGUUUUACUCAUUGUUAACAGAUUCGGCACUCUUAACAAUAAGGGUUCUUUAAUGGUUCUUGGUUUGAACAUACAGUUCUAGGAAAAAAAUGCCUUCAUUACAUUAUGUAGAUUAAAAAGGUAUGUAAAAAGGUUCUUCACACAAAAAUUACAAAAUUGGUUCUUUAUAGAAUUAAUCCAUCUGGAAUCACUGCAAAGAACCUUCAUGGCACCUUUAUUUUAAGAGUGCAUACAAAACCACCCACUGUGCUAAAGUGCUGAGAGAUGGGCUUUAUGGCAAGAGAGAGCAAAAUCACCCAACAGCUAGAAUUCUAGCUACUGUCUGGAGAAAAAGAACAGCUAUGUAAUCAGCACUGUGGUUGGGGACGGGUCAAGCCUGACAACUUCGUCUACUGAAUCUAAUAACCACUGAGUUGUGCUGAAGCAGGAUUUAACACCUUCUUCUUUCUCAACCAGUCAGUAUUUGUCUUUCCAAUAUUUCACUGUGAAAUUGUACAGAAUCCUGGAGUUAUAGCAGAACUUACAAUGGCUGUUACUUGGAACCUCCAAUCAACACACUAACAAAUGAUCAAGUGUUUAAGACGAGCUACUGAAACUGAGUAAUGUGCAAUACUCAUACAGCCAUAUCUGCAUUCACUGUGACCAGACUCAGCAGAGGGAGGAAGAGGAAACAACAUGUACACCAUGGGCCACAUUUACCUCUCCAUGGAUUAUUUUCAAAUACAAUACUAUGAAUUAUGUUUUGAGCACAACUGAUGAACCAAUCAGUCACUCUUUUUCAAAAAUACAUUGUUGAUUGUACCCCAGGCUGAAGCAAGUUACACAGAUGGAUGAACAGACAGACAAGCAGGCAGACAGACACAGGAAACAUAAUUUCUUGUUGCUGUA